CCAGGACUUUGCUCUUGCACCUGGACAGGGAUUACAGGCUCACAACGUCACGAUGCCAUCCAGAUCUAAUUCUGCAGUAAUCCUCUCUGAGACGAGCAAAAAAGAAAAAGAUAAAGUGAAAUCCCACAAAAAGGAGAAGCCAAAUGCAGAAAAUGCUUCUGUUUACGUGCUCGGUAUCCCAGAGCCAACAAGAAGAGCCGAGCUUAUGAAGCACUGGAUGAAUUUGUCGUUGGAUGAUAAAACCGCCAACAAGAUGUUGUGGAUUUCUGACAAUGGGUCUAAAGUUUCUCGCAGAACUGAGGAGGUUUGUCCUGUUCUGGAUCGACCGGAGAGAUACGAGUACUCUCCACAGGUUGUGUGCAAAGAGGGUCUGUGGAACAUGAGGGCAUACUGGGAGGUAGAAUACUCAGGCUGGGUGGUAAUUGGAGCCACCUAUGAAGGAGCAGGAAGGAGGGCACAUUCUGGACCAAGUGGCCUUGGAGAAAAUGAGGAGUCUUGGGGAAUGUGCUGGUCAGGGUCCUGUUACCAGAUCUGGUUCAAUGGUGUCAACAAAGACAUAGACAAUGUCCCGUAUUGCACCACUAUUGGAGUUUACAUUGACCAGCCGGCAGGGAUUAUAAAUUUUUAUACUGUAACAGGUGAGGGAUCAGAGAGGGAGGUCAGGCUGUUGCAUAACAUUAAGGCCACCAUCGAGAAGAAAGUUCUUCCAGGUUUUUGGGUGGGAAUUCAGUCGUCCUGCACAUUACUGCGGAAAACAGAGUGAACAGCUACCUGAAAUAAGCUGAACUUUCCAUGUCAUGAUUUUAUUUUGCGAGCUGUUGAAAGAAAACCAUUUAUUUAUUUAUUUACCACUUGUACUCGUUCUAUUUUCCUUGACUUUGUAUACUAUGCACUUGGUUCAGUAGCAUAAUACUGGAUAUUUUUGAAGUGUAAUGUCAUUUGUGAAAUUUGAGUAGGACUUAAAUAACAUUGAAGGAUUUAAGAAGCUUUAGUCUUUAUUUGAAAUUUACAAGGCAUACAAAAUACCCAGACAUCAAAAAGUAUGACAAACAAACAGGCCUGAUAUUCAUUGUAGUUUGUAGAGCCAAGACAUAGUGAACAUGCAUGUGAUGCAUGAGAAUAUCCAACAUAGGCUUUUGUAAGAAGAAUUAAAAAUAAAAAAAACAACAUCUUUAAGGGAUUUUACGUACAUUUAAAGUGUUUUCAUUUGCUCAAUAAAGUUGGACUGUUGACAUAUCCAUAUAUAACUGUGUACAUAUACUAAUAUACUGGACUGUAGUAUGUAUCUAACACCCAAAAUGAACUCAGUCCAAGAUCUAAGAGAAUGUGGUGGCUUCCAGUGAGCUGCAUUUACUGAUUGUUAGUGGGCAAGGGUGGCUCAGUGGAAUAGUUAGUCGCUUUUCAAAUGGAAGUUUGUGGGUUCAAUCCCUGGCUCCGUUAGUCCAUGUGUCCUUGAGCAAGACACUUAACAUGACUGGCCAAAAAACUGUGGUGUAAAACAGCUGUGAGUGGUCAUCGAACUUGAAAAAGAGUCAUAUAAAUAAAAACCAUUUCGUUGAUGUACAAAACAA